GUUCCAACUAGUUCACCUGUUAGCAGCAGUCAGUGCCGAGAGAGCUUGGGAGGUUGGAUGAAGGGAGCAUUUAUCACGGAUUUCUUGUUCUUGUCUGACGUUGUUUCGGUCUAAAUUAAUAGCAUAAAUUCUGCUGAGAAGCAUACGUGCCAAAUCGGCAUUGCGACCAGAUAAGCUAUGUCUCUGCUUGCGAAACGGCACCUGUUUUCGUGGUUGUUCGUCGCGUCGAGUCUACAGGUAUCGAGUUUACAUUUCGCACAGGCAACAUACAUAUGCACAGCAUAUCUCAACCUAUCUUUUGUCGCCCCACAAAGCAACGAAACUAUCUGGCGAUACGAAGAAAUCGGACUAUACGGACAGGACUCGCCAAAGGCGUCUGUAGUUGGAGACGUAUACUUUCCCGACCCAAUAUACGGUUGUGACAGUGACACUGUUUAUAACAAUCCCAACGGAUCCAAAGGCUGGAUAGCCCUCAUGCAACGUGGAAAUGGGUGCACAUUUUCAGAGAAGAUCAACGUCGCGGCCAGCAAAGGAGCAAUUGGAGCUGUUAUAUUUAACAAUAUCGGCAGUGAUAAUAGGGUCAUACAAAUGUCCCAUCCAGGCACAGGUGACACAGUGGCCAUUAUGAUCGGACACAUCCGUGGGAUGGAGAUGGCCCGGCUGCUGCAGCAGGGCAUCCAGCUCACCUUGUCCAUCGAGGUGGGCAAGCUGCACGGGCCCUGGAUGAGCCACUACUCCGUCUUCUUUGUGUCCAUCUCCUUCUUUGUGGUGACCGCGGCGACCGUGGGGUACUUCAUCUUCUACUCGGCUCGACGACUCAACACCGUCCGGCUGCAGAAUCGCAAACAGAAAAAGCUUAAGGCCGAAGCAAAGAAGGCGAUUGGCCAACUGCAAGUCCGCACACUUAAACAGGGAGAUGAGGAGACGGGGCCAGAUGCAGACACCUGCGCAGUUUGCAUUGAUGCGUACAAGGCCGGAGAUGUGCUCUCCAUUCUCACGUGCAAUCAUUUGUUCCAUAAGCAGUGCAUUGAGCCAUGGUUACUGGAACACAGAACGUGUCCGAUGUGCAAGUGUGACAUCCUGAAGGCCCUGGGAGUGGAGCCUGACAUAGAGGAGCCGCCCCAGGAGAUCACCGUGCCUCCGGAGCUCUCAUUCCCCAACGUGACCGAAGACAGCCGCAGUGAGACGGCCUCGUCUGGCUACGCCUCCAUCCAGGGCAUGGAGCACCACAGCCCAGUGGACACUCCACACUCCAGCCCUGAGUCCAUCCCUGACCUUGGAUCAGUUCAAGUGGACAUCCAGCCACAUUACGACAACCUUGCCUUUGAGAGCGAUAGCCCGAGAGACCCCAGAACAUGAGUGUCGAAUGUACACACACACACACACACACACACACAAACAAACACACACACACACACACACACAGUCACAUCCAAGUCUCCUUUGAUAACAGAUGGACUUAGUUAAACUCAGGUUGGCCUAACUCUAUCUAUGCAUAUUACUGCAAUCCCCACCCCUCAACACACACACACACACACACAAAAACAAAGGCUAAGUUAGCGGGAGUGGUAUCUAUGCAUAUUAGUUUUCAUUAUUUUGAUAUCAAAUCUCUGCAGAGUAUCUCUGCUUCAGGCCAGGACAAGCUGGACAUCAGAAUACUUUAAUUGUAUGUGAUGUAAGUAAUUUGAAUCAGUAGGUUAGUUACUUGAAUGUCUGUCAUCAAUCAUUGUGUCUUAAGCUAUGUGUUUUAAUAGCUAAAAUUCCUUUAUGUCGAUAGGACAGUUUUCUUUGUGUUUUAGCAGUACCAGUGGUGGAUCAUGAGGUAUCGGACCACAAGCCAGACAUUUUUCUUUGUUGCUUUGCUGUCUUCUCUUUUAAAUGUAAUUGUAUGUGUGAGAGUGUGUGUGUAUAUAUUGAGUGUAUGGGUUUGUCCGUGUGUGUGUGUGUGUGUGGGAGAGAGAGAGAGAGAGAGAGAGAGAGUGAGCGAUUUGAUGCAGUAGUUUAAAUGAAGUUUUAUUAUUUAAGGCUUUAGGCUUUUGGACACAGUUUAGUACUUUUUUUCUAUGUUUGUACAGUGUGCAUUCCAGAGAAACAUGUAUAAACAAGGCCUUACCACUUUCUGCCUGAAAAUGUGGACAUUAGUUUACAUGUCCCCGUUUUAGAAAAACCUGUAGUGCUCCAUCUGCUGUCCGUGUGUAAUACUGUCAGCUAUACCAUCGCCAGCUACAUACACAAGCGCAUGUGUGAGACCACAGUAACUUUUUGUAAUGAAAAUGGGUGUUCUGUAAUAUCAAAGAAAUGUGUUGUACUUUUCAUUUCAUAGUUUGUUGAUUUCUCUAUUUCAUGUAGGUGAACCUGUGUGAAAAAAAUAAUCAUGUCAUUGAGUGCUUACCAUUGUAAAUGUUGUGAAAACCCUACUUUUAUACAGGGAUAGAUGCUAGUCCUCCAAAUGACAUUUUGUAUGUAAUGCUGUCCUACAUUUUUUUUGAGACAUCCCUAAAAGUAUUUCCCUGAAAAAAGAGUUUUUUUGUUUUUGUUUAGUCCUCACCUGGUCUUACACCGUUAAGUCAUGUGCUCUGGUGUAAACUGGCUGUGCAGAUAGUGUGCCUUAAAAAGUUAUCAUCUAGUAAUGAAUUAUUUCCUCAUAUAUCUCAUACAAAACAUGUGUUCUCACUUGAUGAAAUUAAUAGUUUCUGCAUGCACUUUACAAGAAUGAAUUGAAUUAUGUUGCAGUUUUUUUUUCUUUGCUUAAAGGUUCCAGUUCUUCGUAAUGAAGAAAUUUUAAGUGUUUUUGAUUAAUGUUAAGGGACAAAAGCAAUUCUUACCUUUUCAUUGUUAACUUGGGUUGUGUUGGGUCUUUGAUAACAGCUAUAAAUUGCGAAAAGAAAUUAAUAAAUUCUUGUUUUAUGAAAA